CUUUUCGAGUAUGAUAGGUGUAUUUCGUUUUGUGCCUCCAAAAUUUCAGAUAUUAUUCAGCUACACACAGACAGGCCUCCCAAAUUUGUAAGCUCUGUAAAUUCAAAACCAGAACUGCUGCAGGCCAGUGGCGAAGUUAAUUUGUCAGAGGAAAACUCAAGCCAUCUCCAUGGAUAAAAACCACAAGUCGGAAGAGGGGUUUGGACGUUCAAUGUCUAGUAGCAGUCGCCGCGUCAUGUGGAAGCUCAACGAGGAGGAGGAGACAUUCGACUCCUUGGUCAAUUAUCGGCGGCUUCCUUCGCGCAGCCUAAACCGAAGUCAGGUGACCGAUGUGCCCACCAAGGGACACACUACCUCCGAAAAUUGCCAGCUGCCAGCGCAAGAGUUGGAAACAAAGAGCGCCACCAACGAACAAGGUGCAUUGGGCAUAAUGUCGGUUAGCCUACCGCAAACAACCAGGAAUUCCCAUCAAUCGUCGGCCACGUCACUGCCGGAGGCCAAGGGAUGCACUGCCACCGAAAACUGCCAGUUGCUAGCGCAAGAGGCGGAAACAAAGAACGCCAGCAACGAACAAGGUGGAUUGGGCAAAAUGUCGGUUAGCCUGCCGCAACAAAACUGGAACGCCAAUCAAUCGUCGGCCACGUCACUGCCGGAGGCCAAGGAGAUCAGCUCCAAAGAGCAGGCGAUCAUCUACUGGCGGCGUCUUUUCGAUGGUAUCCACAAGCGCCAGCGUGGCGAAAGAAAAGUUGCAGCAAUGCAGCCCGAAAAUACCACAGAUGUCGUGCUGACGUCCAAGCCAAACCUGGCAUUGCGCUACAAGCCCUCCCAUGAGUCGCUUAAAAACAAGCGGAUCAAGGACCUGGCUCCUGAACGAUGCCCGAGCACGUCCCGGGGAUCAACGUCCUGCAAACUGGUAUCGGACCUCAAGAUGGAGACGUUCAGCCUGCCGCCGCAGCAGACGUGUGUGGUGCGCGAGGUGGAGCCUCGGUUUGGCCAGCGCCGACGCAUGUUGUUGGCCAACGACACGGAUUCGUGCUACUCCGGCGAGCUGGAGGUCCCCAAAAACAGUCCCGUCCAGGAGCCAGGACCCUAUCCGCGCAGCGAACUGAUCAGUGUCCAUGUCUCGGCGCCCACCAGCUCCUCUUUUACGGGAGCAACACGGCGGAGUCUGUCUCCAACUAGGCAGCGCACUGCGACGAGCAAGGUGGCCGCCGGGACGAAGGGCGGACCAUCACCAGCAGUUGGGGGCAACAAGUGCUCGAGCGUCAGCAGCGGGAGUGCAGGUACCAGCCAGCUGCCUAAUUUCCGCCAGCGGCAGCAAGAGCUCCAUCGCUAUCGCGUUAUGAUCGAGCAACGGCGCCUCGAUCUACUCGAGCUCAAGAUAGCCCGCGAACGCGAGGAGGCGCUGCACAGCGAGGUUCUGUUUCACAAGGAACUGCAGAUCAAGGAGAACAUGAUCAAGGUGUACGAGGACAACGACUGCUCCAACGCCUAGGACUUCCUUUAUUCCUAACUCUUUCGACCCCAAAUUCAGAAAGGUAUUUUACACUUGGCAAUGGCCCUGGCCUCAGUAGUUCAAAACACUCAGUCAAAUAAAACCGAAAUUCAUUUAGACAUCCC